UCAUGUCUGAGAAGAUGUCUUUUCAACAUAUCGUGCCCAUUUCUUAUUGACUUUCGUAGUGACCUCCUAUUGUUGCUAAUGCUUCCUCAUUUCUAACUUUCUCUAUCCUCAUCAUUCGCUUGUAACACCACAUUUUGAACACUUCUACCCUUUGCUUAUCGUAUUUGUUACAACAGUAGUUGCGAUAAUGAAAUGACAAGUGUUUUUAUGCGAAUAGAUUAGCUUAAUUGCAUCUGACAUUAUAAAUAAGUCGCGAUUUGUUUAAAUGCAUAGUUAAGAUGUUGCUUCGGAUGCUGGAGUUAUCUUCUGUGAUAUUAUUCGUAUUCUGUUUGCUUUCGUUAUUUUUGUGGUUUUAUUUUCAUUACAAUUAUUUCUUCAAAUUAAAAAAUAUACUUGGCCCAGCACCUGUACCCUUAAUUGGAAAUGCCCUGUACUUCAGAGAAAUAAACGAUAUUUUGCCAAACUUAAUGAGAUUCAAGAAGAAAUAUGGAUCUCCUUUUAAACUGUCGUUUGGUUUUCAAUAUCCCAGAGUGAUUAUUUGUGAUCCUAAGUUUAUGACAUUUUUCUUGUCUUCUACUAAAUACAUUACGAAAUCAGAGGAUUAUAAGUUUUUACGUAACUGGUUAGGAAAUGGCCUUUUGACAAGUACAGGAAAAGAAUGGAAAGGUCACAGGAAAAUGAUAACCCCUGCUUUCCAUUUUAAUAUACUCGAACAGUUUUUAGAUGUAUUUGAAAAAAACGUUGACAUUAUGAUUAACAAAUGGGAACGUGAAGUUGGAACCAAAUGUUUUGAUGUAUUUCCUUAUUUGAAAUUAUUUACUUUGGAUAUUAUUUGUGAAACAGCGUUAAGGACGGAAAUCAACGCUCAAAUUGAUGACAACUCCGAUUACGUUCGUGCAGUCCAGACAGUUACCCGAAUAAUGAUGGAAAGAUCUCUAAGUCUUUUUGUGUCGUACGAAUCGAUAUACAAGUUCACCAAUAAAUUCGUUGAGGAGCGAGAUGCUCUCAAAAUCAUCAAUGAUUUAACGGAUUCGGUCGUUAAAAGAAGAAAAGAAGAGAUUGAAAAUCAAUCAAAUUACCAAACCGAAGAGUUUAAAGUCAAAAGAAAACUUGCUUUCUUAGAUUUGCUUUUGCAAGCUGAGGCCGAUGGUGAACGACUGUCUGAGAUCAGCAUUCGAGAGGAAGUCAACACUUUUAUGUUUGAGGGCCACGAUACGACGGCGUCUGCAAUCAGUUUUUGUUUGUUCAAUAUUUCCCAACAUCCAAAAGUACAGAAGAAAAUUGUCGAAGAACUAAAGACUAUUUCAGAAAAGAGUAGCACCGAUCACUACACUUAUUCAGACUUGCAGGAAAUGAAAUAUCUGGAAGCUGUAAUAAAGGAAACUCUGAGAUUAUAUCCAUCAGUGCCUAUUUUUGGCAGACUGGCAAUUGAAGACAUAGUACAUGAUGGAAAAGUGAUACCUAAAGGAUCAACCAUCAGUUUAUUUGCUUUCGGUUUGCUUAGAGAUCCAGAAUUAUUCCCGGAGCCUGAAAAGUUUCUUCCAGAACGAUUCUUGAAUAAUAACGUUAAAAUAAACAACCCAUAUUCAUAUGUACCUUUUAGUGCUGGACCGAGAAAUUGUAUUGGUCAAAAGUUCGCAAUGCUUGAAAUGAAAUCGACUAUAGGACAUAUUUUGCGAAAAUUUGAAUUACAUCCUGCAGAUGAAAAUUUUCGACUUAAUUUAAUCGUUGAAGCAAUACUAAAGUCUACCACAGGAAUUAAAAUAGGAAUAAAGAAAAGAGGCUAGUCAAUUUUCAGGAUAACUGAAAAUAAUAUUUCGUAAAAAAUGAUCGUUUAUAAAACAGCUGUAAUUGCCACAAUAAAAUUUAGGCGCUCGUUGUAUACGUUACGUAAUUUAUAAGAUUAAAUUAUAACUCAAAAUAAAAAUCUCCAUAUUUUUUA